GUCAUGAGUUAUCUUUGUAUCAUAUCUCAAUUAUAGUCAAUGAAUCAAGGUAAACCAAUCUAGUAAGAAACAACUUUUAGAGCUUCUUUGUUCUUUCUAACAAGUCAAGCUUCUUACAUUAUUACUCCUCAAUUUUAAUUCAAAAAUCGUCAAUAAAGAGAAAGUCUAAGUUAAUAUCCGAUAUUGAUCAAUCUUAAUCUCACACCCCGUCAGCAAAUCCCAACUCUAUAAUAAUCACAAGCUCAUUGAAAAAAAAUCCACAUCCUCCUCAUCAUCUUCUUCCUUAUCCCUCUUCUCCAAAUGGAUGAAGAAGAACUAGAAUCAUUAGAAUUCAACAACCUUCCAAAAGACAUAAUUUUCGACAUUUUAUCAAGAAUCCCAUUAAAACAGCUCUAUCAAUUACGCUGUGUUUGUAAGAAAUGGCUAUUUUAUCUAUAUCAAAACCCAGAAUUCAGAGGUUUUUACCAUAAAAAACACAAAAUCAACCCAAUUUUACUCUUCACUAAACAAAUCAUUGAAAACCCAUCAACCCAAUUAUCUUCCUACUAUAUUGAUGGAACCCCAAUUACUCAAAUUUCAACCAAUUUUGAUCAAUCAUUAGUUUCAACCCUAACCUGCAAUGGAAUCCUCUGUUUAAUCACAAAAACCAAUGCAUUUCUCUAUGAUCCCAUUACCAUGAGAAUCACUAAUCUCCCUAAUUCAAACCGUCGUCGUUUCGAUUCAUCAUUUGGGUGGGCAUUUGGGUUUUCCUCGUUUCGAAACGUUUUCAAAAUCCUCCAUUUUUACACCAUUGAAAAGAAAUCUGACAAUUUUCAUUACUGUCAAACUCAGGAAAUAAUGUGUGAAAUUCUGAGCAAACCCAGUUCAGAUCUCGGGUUCGAAUCACAAGACGAGUGGAAUAAUCUUGGUAUUUGCCCAUUUGAUUUUCUGGGUAGAAAAAAUUAUGCAUUUGUUGAUGGGAAAUUUUACUGGUUAAUUGGGGAAAAGAAAUUCAACCCAGAAAACAUAAAGAUCAUGUCUUUUGACAUUGAAAUGGAGGGUUUUGGGUUGAAUUAUUUCCCCAAAUCAUGCUCAAAUCGUUCAGUUGAAUGCUUGGAUUUGGUUGAAAUUAGGGAUUUCCUGUGUUUAACAGAUAGAUUACCUUGGGAAUCGAGCAUGGAUAUUUGGAUGAUGGAGAAAGAAAACAAGGGUUUUCCUAAUUUUUGGGUAAAGAAAUAUAAAAUUGAUCUUAUGGGAAUUAAUCAUCAUGAUGUAAGAAUUUUGGGCCAUUUAAUUAAAAUCAACGGUGGAGAUUGUGAGAGUGAAGGAAAGAUUAUGAUAAAAUUUGGUAGUCAAAGUUUUGGGUUUUAUGAGCUUGAUAAUGAGGUUUUCACAAAUUUGGCGGGUGAAAUUAAUUCUGAAGGAUGGGAUUUACCGUUGAUGAUUAACAGAAAGUUUCUAUUAUAGGAAGUGGUUGUCUAAUUUUGUACUGUAGCUUCCAUUUUCCGAGAAUAGAAUAUACAAGUAGUUAAGAUUUUUCUUGUCAAAAUUUCGAGAUAUUUUUAGCAUCGAGAUUUUUGCCUAUAAAAUUGGUAUAUACUGUGUACAAUACAAAGAUGUACAAAGUGAAAUUGUUUCUUUGAAA